CCCCUCGGUGUUGUCCUGGCCCGGGCCCCUCGGAGAUCGGCAGGGCUGCGGGCUGAGCGGUGGCGGGAAGAGCACCCGAGGGGAGAGGAGGACGCCAGGCCCCGAGACAGGGGAACGUGAAGCGCUGCUCUUCGUGGUCAGCCCGACGAGUACACGACCGCCCUCCCGCCCGCCGGGCCGCGAUCCCCCGUCCGCAGAGAUGUCAGCCGCCGGAGUCCGGGGCCUGAGGGCCACCUACCACCGGCUCCUCGAUAAAGUGGAGCUCAUGCUGCCUGAGAAACUGAGGCCGCUGUACAACCACCCGGCAGGUCCUAAAACAGUUUUUUUCUGGGCUCCAGUUAUGAAAUGGGGGCUGGUGUGUGCCGGGCUGGCCGACAUGGCCAGGCCCGCAGAGAAGCUCAGCACGGCCCAGUCCGCUGUGCUGAUGGCCACAGGGCUUAUUUGGUCAAGAUACUCACUUGUAAUUAUUCCCAAAAACUGGAGUCUGUUUGCCGUUAAUUUCUUCGUUGGGGCAGCAGGAGCCUCUCAGCUCUUCCGUAUUUGGAGAUAUAACCAAGAACUAAAAGCUAAAGAAAACCAGUAAAAGAGUCCUUGAUCAUCCCCACAGCCCCGAGAUGGACGUAACCACGGGGCCUAGUUUGAGUUGUUAUUUGGUUAUUGGUAAGGUGACGCUAACUGUGCUAACCGUUGGAUCGCAUAAAAUAAUCUAAUUUAACUGGGAGCUAGUACCUGAUUCGGCAGAAAAAUAAAGCAAAUUUAUAAUAA